UAAAAAGAAGAACUCAUCCUAAUCAUGUUACUUAUGUGUGCUCUAAAAUAAACAUCCCGAAGAUGUCUUCUGUAGAAAUAGAAACCGUUGAACUUGUUGCUAAAGCGUUCACUGAAGAACCAAAUAAUAUAGAAAUAAUCGACAUCAAAAGGAAUGAUGUAGGUCAUGGCUACUCAAGUGUCGUGUUGUUUAUAUUGGCCAAAAACAAAGAAACAGGUUUACAGCGAAGAUUGAUAAUAAAGCAAAGAUUACAAGAUCACAGUGAACUUUCUUCUGAAAUAGAAUCUUUGAAUUUUCAAAACGAAACAAUAUUUUAUUUAACUGUUUUGCCAGCCCUAAGUGAUUUUCAAAAAACAUAUAACAGUGCUAAUGUAUUUAAUAAUGUGGCUGAAUGCUACGGUGCUAUUACAAAACCUUUUAAAGAGAAAUUGAUAUUUGAGGACCUGUCCUUUCAAGGUUAUGAAAUAUUCCCUUCUAAAGUAGAGUUGUUAGAUACUGCAAUGUGUGAAGUUUUGUUUAAAGUGUACGGAAGGUUUCAUGGUGUUAGCUAUGCUUUUAAACAUUAUCAAAAAGACAAAUUUUUUGAAAUUGGACAACAGUUUCAAAAUGUAUUUAAAGUAUUUAGCCAACAAGAUAAGUUUAUAACUGAUCUUAAAAAUAUAAUCGAAAAAGUUGAGCAGUAUUUGAAAGAGGAAAACGAAAUAGACGCAAGUAAAAAACUCAAAAUUCAUAAGGAUAACUGUAAAAAAAUAAUACAGGAAGCCUUGGAAGAUAGAGGCCCAAACAUAGUUUUUAUUCAUGGUGAUGCUUGGAGCAAUAAUAUUUUAUUUAAGUAUAAUGACAAACGACAACUGAAAGAUAUAAAAAUAAUUGAUUUUCAAGAAAGCAACAUUGCUACACCCGUAGUAGAUAUUAGCUACACUUUAUAUACUGGAGCAUCACCUGAAGCUCUUGAUAAUCUAGAGUACUUGCACCAAGUUUAUUAUAAAAGCGUUACGGAUACAUUAAAGCAGUAUGGUUGUAAUCCAGAAGAGAUUUUGACGUACAAGGCAUUUAAGGAGGAAUGGAAGAAAUAUGUUUUGUAUGGUCUAAUAGCAGGCUUAUCAGGGUUGUCAAUUAUAUGUACAGACAAAGACAAGGGUGCUACAAACGUUUGUGAAUAUUUAAGUGAGGAAGGCACCGAUGGUUACAAGUCAUUGUUCAACCCAAAUGAAGAGAAAUUUAGAAAAGUUUCAUUAGUUUUAAUCAGACAUUUUCAAAAAUAUGAUUUUUUGUAAAUUAUAUGUAAUUAAACAAAAUAAUUUAU